GCGGGUCACUGAAAUAGGCCCUUCGAAACUUUAUUCGCUUCCCCUACAUUCGUCGCUAGGGUUUAGGGUUUUACGUUCUCUAUAUUGACCUUACAGUUGGUAUCAGACCAGCUCUCUCUCUCUCUCUCUCUCUCUCUCUCUCCUCUUUGAGUAAGUGCCCCAUCUCCCACACACACGAAUCGCACACACGUUGAUUGCACGGUUUGUAUUCAACGGAGCCCUUUGCAUUUUUUCCCUGAAGAUUUUCCAUACAGUGUUUUUUCUGUCUUGAUCUUUGGUGAUUCGAACUUGUAUUCCUAUCGUCAAUUCAGAUUACGCACCUAUUAUAGUUUUGCAACUACUUUAAUUUCAGUGACUGAUGCACUCUAUAGGUAUUUAACUAAUGCCAGCCAUGGGGUACGGGGAUGAUAGUGAAGUUGUGGGGGAAGAACUUUCAAAACUGUCUCAUGAAGUUAAACUAAAAGAACUAUUGCGUAAUUUGAAUUCGGCUGAAAUUAAGCUGUGUUCGAAUGCGUCAAAGGAUUUCGUCAAGUUACUUAGGGGCCGUGCUGGGGGUGAAUUGUUGCGUUUGUAUGUCCAGAAUUCGUCUAAGUUAACAGAGCUUGAUCAAGCUUGGAAUCUUCAACUGGGGAAACCAGGCUUGUCAUAUGUAUUGAAGGUAAUUUCUGCAAUUUUGUGUCAUCCAGAUGGGGUAUAUAAUUCGAAUGAUACGGGAGGGGUUGGUAUUAGUAGGGCUCUUGACAAGUUUGCCCGUUCUAUUAUUGAAGAAAAAUUAGGAGAACUUUACAAGGAAUUGAAUAGUAAAGAGGCGAAGCGCCAAAAUGCUGCAUUGUUGCUUUUAGCUUCGGUUGUUAGACGGGGUUCAGGUUUGGCUUCUGAUGUUGCUAAGAGCUUUGAUUUCAAGCUCCCGAUAUUCCCUAAACUUGCAGAGUACAAAGUGAAAAGAAUCGGGGCAACAAGGAAGCAUUCCACGAGACAAGCAUUUGUUGGGCUUGCAAUGUCGUUUUUGGAAGUGGGGAAGCCAGGUUUGCUGAGAUGGGUCCUACAGCAGAAGGAGAUGUACUCUGGGGUACUUCGCGGGAUUGGGAGUGAUGAUGAUGAGACUGUUGUUUAUGUUCUGUCUACAUUGCGGGAUAUGAUUCUCAUUCCAGAGUCAUUGGUACCCCCUAGUCUUCGUAGCGUUUUGUUUGGAAGCGUUACUCUUGAGCAGUUAGUUAAUAUUUCUGGGAGAGAGGAUGGCGGUGUUGCUGCAGAGCUAGCACACAGGGUUCUGGUCAUUGCUUGUACAGACCCUUCUAAUGGGUUAAUGCCAGAUUUGAAUAGACAACCUAAUCCUUUAAAAGGGAAUCUAAAGCGACUAUUGGAUCUCAUGAAAAAGCUAAAAGCAACUGAGGUUGACUACCACAGGGACCUGCUCUUGGCCAUCGUUAAAGGGAGGCCAUUGUUUGGUUCAGCGUUUAUGGAUGAGUUCCCUUACAAUGUUGAAGAUCAUGCAUCACCCAACUGGUUUUUUGCUGUUUCUCUGGCAGCUAACUUGGUUUCUUCAGUGGGCAGCGGUCUAUCUUUCGAUUUCAAACCUGAGGACCCACCUUCCUUUAGCAAUCCAGAUGUGCAGAGUCUAAUAAAAUGCAUAUGUCCUCGCCCAUUCACCCGGGCUAUAGUUAACAAAGGGCUACUUCACACAAAUUCUUUGAUGAAACAUGGAAUUCUGAGGCUUGUUUUGGAGGAACUGAAGCUUUUGGACUCUCUUACUACCACUAUAGAAAGUAAUUAUUGUUCUAGCAACCAUAUGAGGAGUAAGUGGUUGUCUUUGAAGCAAGAUAUUCAGAAUGAAGUCCGGAUUUUGCUUCCGGAUACCCAGGUUCUGUUGUCUCUACUUUCUUCUCUGAGUACCCAUUCCAAGAGUCUGGAGUCAAGCCUUAAAAGAACUGGAGAUUCCGAAAUUUCACUUGAACAAGGUGUUCGUGCUUUCAAGAGAUUUAAAACUGAUAGUCAUAUGGAUGAUGUUGACAUUCUUGUAAGUGGGGUUUGCAAUCUGCCUGAAAUUACUUUGCAGAGGGACACUGGUGUGGUUCAGGGUAUGAAUGAUGUGGAUGAUGUGAACGAUGGAGAUGAUAAUGCAUUUGUUAUUGCAGAUAUCUGGGGGUUGCGCCAGUGCUCCGAAGGUGGUGUGACAGUAAAGGAUGAAGAAACACACUUUUACUCGAGGUUACUCGAUGCCUUCAAAAUUUAUCAUCGGACAAUGCCCGCAGCGCUAGAGGGAUCUUUCGAUUUCUUUCGAUUUCUCCCCAGUAACCCUUUGGCAUUACCAACCAUCCUUCAGCAAUCUCUGCUAUCGCUGCUUUUGGAACUUAUUGAAUGGUCUCCAAAGUGCAAGAUUCCUGUUAGAAUUCCACCACUUAUGUACAAACAUCUCCAACCAUUUGUUAAGUUGCUGCUUUAUUCACCGAGUAGAGACAUAAAGGAUCAAGCGCAUAUUCUGGCACAGGCUGCCAUGUUAAGUACUGGUGCCUUUGACAAAAACCUAAGGGAAAUUGGUGCAUGGUUCUUAUUUUUACCUGGCUAUAAGACAGGCAACAUUGUUGUUGGUGACCGAGGCAUUGAAGUGUUCCAGAACUUGUUUUCAGUCAUCGUUUCCUUUUUAUGUGAUGCUGUUUCCACAGUUGGAAAUAACUUGCUCAAGUACUGGGAUGUUUUAAGGCGUCACACAUGCCAUUUAAAAGGUGUUGAAGAUGUAUCUCCUGAAUUUGGCCCUCUUUUCAUUUGCAUCUUAGAGAAGUGUCUAAGAGUGGUUUCUUCUGAAUCUGGGACCUUUACCGUACCCGAGAAGUCGAUGAUAGCAUUAUAUGCCUGCAACACAAUAAAAUAUCUCUUGCAGACUCAGGGAGAAACUGGAUUGCUGUGUUCUCUGGUUGACCUCUUAUUAUCUGAAAGGGUUGAGGUUGAGGAUUGUUUCUCUUUAGACGAUGGUGAUGCUCAGGAUCUGUGCGAGUGGAGACCAUUGAAGAACUUGUUUCUCUUUUCAAGGAACAUCCAAAAUCCGCAAAAAAAAUGUAGCAUUUCUCGUGUAGAAAGAAAAGUGGUACACUCCAACAGUUCUUUCGCCGAUAUAUUAGGUGAAGUUAAAAGAGUUUUGAGGAGUGGUAGUGACAUUGAAUUGAUCUGUAUUAGUAAAGCAUUCGUGCUUUCAAUCUUGUCAACACCACCAGCUGUGAUUUUACAACAUUUCCCGUCAGUUAUAUCUGCUUCGAAGAAUCUGUCUGGAUUCCCUUUCUCAGUGUUGUUAUCUAUAUUUUUUCUCGAACCAAGUCUUCUUUUCGAAGUUUCUAAGUUAUGGCCUGAGAUGUUCUGUAAUGGUCUGGAAAGCUUCGUAGAUAUGGUUCACGGCAAAGAACCAAUAAUUGGUGACAUAGAUAUUGAUGCAAUAGAAUCAUCUUCGGCUGCAUUUUGCCUCUUUUUGAAGCAGGCGCCAUUCUAUGUGCUAUUUCCUUCCACUGUGAGAAUUGAUGGCUUAUGUUUACUGGAGGGUUCAAACUUACAAUACUUGCUUCAGGAUAAAUUCUCUGAAAUGGCCACUGAUGACUUUGUUUCCUCUGUCCUCCUUGUGCUAUUCUGGUUCCAUCAGAUACGGCUAUCGCAUGGAAUUAAACCAUUGGCUAAGUUUGAACAGAUUUCUGGAACAUGCUCAAUUCUCAUAGAGAAGAUGUUGGGAUUCCUGCAGGAUUCCCCAACAAAAUCUAUUUUUGAAUUGACUGAAGUUAUUAUUUCUCAUCCUUCAGUAAUGUUGUCAUUGCAAUACCCUUUGGGCCACAAGGAGUUUCCAGAAGGUAUCUUUGGGGAGAGUUCAGAGAAUUUUUUUGUUUUGGCCAGACAGGGUAUUCACAAAAUGGAUCAUCAUGUCUUGAAUUUGUUGGCGUCGGUUUGUAAAUGCUUAGUAACUUGUUGCAAUGGUCAGAAUUCUGUUAGUGGAGUUGACUACUUGAAGAAACGGUUCCGCAGUUCGUUUAAAGCACUGGUGAAAAAGCUAAAUCGAAUAUUCAGGGAUAGGUUUGACGAGUGCAUAAAAACUGGAGAUUUGAAGCCCCUUACUCCUACAUUAUGUGCUCUACACUCUUUGAUUCCCUUCAUAUCCCCCCUUGAGCUGCUCAAACUGGUGCUUUGGAUUUUCUCCAAGAUUGACCUAGGUGAUUCUACAUUUCGUGUAUCAUCUGACUUUUCUGCUCUGUUGGUUGGAUUAUCAAUCGCUGGUUGUGCUUUCGAUAUGCUAUCAGCAUAUUUGCAGCAGCCCAAUACGCAAGGAAUAUCAUCCAACAUUUUCUGGGAAAUGGAGGAAAAGCCCUUUGAUAUUCUUCUGUUUGAGAGUAUUUAUUUUCAACUUAUCAAAUUUGCCAUGCGUUUCGAGCUAGAUGCUGCAGAUCUAUGUUUGCUGAAAGCUGUUAAUGUCACAAACAAACGUAAAGUUAUGCACACCCAUUGGUUUCCACUUACUAUGGAUCUAUCAAGGGUGAUUCAUAACACUCCUAUAGAAGUGCUUUCUCACUUCAUUCGCAAAACUAGCAUGACUAGAGCUAAGAUGUUGUUUCUUCUUACUGAACUGAGCCCCGUUCAUCUUUCAGUCUUUGGACACUUCUUUUCAGAUGUGAUGAAUGAAUAUUUGCUUCCAAAUGACAAUGUGACUGAUGGAACGUGUAGCAAUACGUUCUCGGAUGAUAACUUUGUGAUGCUUCUACCUACUGCUUUGUCAUACUUAAUUUCAGCUUCCAUGAAAUACGGGGAGCAGUUUCACAAAUGUGUUAGAAGCAUGUCUUCAUUCUAUUCCAGAAUUCUGUUUCGCAGUUUCUCAGACUGGAAGAGCUACGUUACUAUGGACAUAUUUAAUAAAGAAUGUGUUGAGUUCUUGCCUCCAUCUAUGGAAGAACUUCUCAAUCUUCUCUCUCGCAGUCUUCUAGGAAAAUCGAUUUGCAUGCUUCGGUACUAUUUCGCCUUCAAUGGAGAUGCUGUGAAAUUGAAAAAGCGAUUGAAGUUAUUUAAUUCCAUCUGUCCAUAUUCUGGUGCAGCCAAUGAGGAUUUACUAGAUUGUGAUGUUAAAGAGAUUGAUGCUUAUUCACUUGACCAAUCUUUAAACCUUGUAAAUAGAGUUGUUGCAAAGAUAUACUUGUGUAGGAUGCUUUUACUUCCAAAGAGUAAUCAGAUUCGGUCUUCGCCAAAGGAAGAUGGGAACAACACAAAGGAGAUUUAUUCGGAAGUGGGAUCUAAUAAAGAAUACUCGUCAAGAGUCCGGUUCAUGAACAUCCUGGUGCAUACUUGGCAUAUAAUUGUCAGGAAAUUCCCUUCAAACUCUGAUGACCCUGAAAAAUUGACAGGCAAAAACUACGUGUUCAGAUUUUUGGAAGUCUUCAUCUCGAGAAAUAUUUUAGAAUUAACAAGAGAGAUACGUAAUUGUCCGUUCAUAGAACAACUGGCGAGAUUAUCUCUUUUUCAUAGGUUUGGGGACCCUUCAACGCUGAAGAUGCUCCGAGGUGUUCUUCCUUCGCUAUCUGAUGGGAACUCACACAUAUUAGUACUUCAGCUGCUGCUUGCCCACUCUCAGUUUGCACCUUCCAUCCAUUCCUGUUUCCAAUCUUCCGGGGGUUCUCAAUUUGGUAUGAUCUUUAGGCCUAUGGCUAGCAUUCUGAGGUUACUCGUUGUUCCAUCUACUGAUGAAAGUGCACUUUAUGGGGAAACUAGGCAACAAAAAACAUCAGAGAUGUACAUGAAACAGUUGGAAGUGGUGAGGUUACUUAGGGCUCUGUUUUGUAUUCAGGCUCAGCAGCGUAGUUUUGAUUUUGAAAAGGACACUAAUGCAAAUCCUAGAGAAUUGCUUUUCUUGCUUCUAUCUUCUUAUGGUGCGACACUCAGUGAAGUUGACUUGGAAAUAUACAGUCUCAUGCUUGAAAUUGAGUCUGCUAAUGUGUCAAACUCUGGAAGCAUUGCUGAAAUGGAUUACCUGUGGGGAAGUGCUGCUAUUAGAAUUAGAAAAGAACGAGAACAGGAGCAGGAUCUGUCGUCUCAUAUGAUGAAGGAUGUUGAAGCAGUAGAAGGCCGAAGAACUCGAUUCAGGGAAAACCUCCCCAUUGACCCCAAAUUGUGUGCAUAUACUGUUUUACAUUUUCCUCAUGGAAGAAAUGUUGUUGAGGUUCAACAUGGCGAUUCUGAUGAUAUGAAUGAGAUAAACUAUCCGAAUGUUGAGCAAAUACAAACAUAUGAUCCUGUUUUCAUCUUGCGCUUCUCAAUUCAUAGCCUGUUGAUGGGUUACAUUGAACCAGUGGAGUUUGCUAGUUUGGGCUUGCUUGCCAUUGCAUUUGUGAGCAUAUCUUCACCACAUGAUGAGAUGAGGAAAUUGGGGUACGAGGUUCUUGGAGGAUUCAAGAAUGCAUUAGAGAAGUGUCAGAAGAGGAAAGAUUUAAUGCGACUUCGGCUAUUGUUGACAUAUUUGCAAAAUGGUAUAGAAAAGCCAUGGCAGAGGAUUCCUUCCAUCACUGCUAAGUUUGUUGCAGAGGCUUCUGUCAUAUUAUUGGAUCCUUCACAUGAUCACUAUUCAACAAUAAGCAAGUUUUUGAUGGGCUCUGCGAGGGUUAAUAUGAAGUCUGUACCACUGUUUGCAAAUUUUCUCUGGAGCAGCUCAGUUAAUUUUCGAACAGACAGACUAUGGAUGCUUCGUCUCCUAUAUGCAGGACUUGAUUCAGAUGAUGAUGCUCAAAUAUAUAUCAGGAACAACAUCCUUGAGAUUCUACUGGGUUUCUACGCUUCUCCUUUUUCAGAUAUUGAGUCAAAAGAACUGAUUCUUCAGGUGGUAAAGAAAUCUGUUGAAGUUCGUAAAUUGGCUCGUCAUCUAGUUGAGCACUGUAGUAUUAUUUCAUGGUUAUCAUCAAUUGUUUCAGUCUUCUGUGGGAAGCAAUACCAAGCUCAGACAAAUUUACCAUUCGCUCUGUUAAACAGAGCACUGGAGGUGGUCAAUGAUGUCAUUUCUACCCAAAACGUAAUUGAGUGGUUGCAGCAGUUCGCCCUGGAGCAGCUCUCUGAACUUUCAACUCAUUUAUACAAACUCUUAGUUGGUGGCAAUCUGAUAGAAAAAGUUCAUCUUGUUACUUCAGUUCUGGAGAUACUUACGUUAACCUUGAAGAUAUCUCAAGAACGAAAAGUUUAUCAGCCACAUUUUACCCUGUCUGUUGAGGGUUUGUAUCAGAUAUACAAAGUUGUUGAUGUAUGCCGUGAUGGAAAUUAUAGUCCUUGUGCCGAAUUAGGACUGGAAGCUAUACUUAUGAGCACUCCUCCAGGGGCCAUAUUAUGCAUGGAGGGAGAUAAGCUGCUUAUGUUUGUAAGGUGGGCAACUUCAACUGCUUUACAGUCUAGCUCUGCAAAAGCGCUUCAGCCCAGAGAUGCUUAUUGCGAUUCUGCAAUUUUGUUGGAGACAGAGCAAUCUGAAGAUUCUUUAAUAUCAAAACUUCUGCGUUGGCUAACUGCAUCUGUGAUCCUUGGAAGGCUUUCUUUGAGAUCUGUUGACUUGGAGCUAAAUUUUGCUCCUGAAAAGUCAAACCUGGAAACACUGCAGUCUUUACUGAAACUCAAUAAGAAUGGAUGUGGAGAAAAUAAGUGUGGCUUUGGCUGUGAAGAGAUGCUAGCGGCUAGUAUAUUUGGCCUCCAACAGCUUCUUGGCAUGGACUGCAGAUUGCUUCCUUCAGUCGUAUCUGCACUCUCUCUGCUCCUUCGAUCUGAUCUCUUACAUUUAGCAGGGUCGGAAAUGAACGACUUACUUGGUAAUGAGAAUACUGUGGCAUCACUUUGGUUGAGAGUUCGUUGCCCCGUUGAAGCUAAUCCUUCUUGGAGAUGGUCAUUUUGCCAGCCAUGGAAGGAUCUCUCGUCCAAAUCUACUGAUUCAGAGACGAUGGAUGAACUUCAUGCUUGCCAAUCUCUUUUAGUGAUAAUUUCUAAUGUUAUUGGAAAGAAGUCGCUACAUUCUCAGUUCCUAUCACAUCAAGAUUUAGAAAACUGUGGUUUAUUCAAUUGGGAAAGAAGUAUUUUAGAAAGCCAAUGAUGCUUUUGGUGAUUCGGUUCAAUGAUAUUUGCAAUCUCUGGUAGGAUAGUUUGUAUUAUUCCUCCUACCUUUUGCGUGUGCACCAGGGUUGAUUGUUCUGUUCUUGAAUCUGAGAUCUGUUGCACAGAAGGUAAUGAAUACUGAGCGAUUUAGGUGGCACAAUUGAAAAUGGACACGGCAGACGGAUGAUCUUUAUCAAACCCGAAACUCCAACCUGAAAUGGCUUGUGCUUCGUUGCAUUGCAACCGAUGGCAAAAAGUGAUUCAAGAGAAACUGAAAUCGGGCACUUAUGUUGUACAACAUACGACUUUGUAGAGCGCUCCAAAGCUCUGCUUUCUUCGUUUGCAGAUGUUAAUGGACGAUGACAGGAUUCCUGAUCGGAAGAUGGUGCUUGGUGAUUUUUAUAACACUCUACAUGUGUGCUUCUUCCUAUAAAUUGUUCUAAAGAUCAAUUAGAAUUUGGGAUGACUCACAAUGAAAGUUUCUUUGACAUCAUCUGCAUCUGUUUCACUGCACUAACGGGCUCGUUUAGCUAAGUGGCUGUAGACUACGGUAGUAAACUUUUUUCAAUAAAUUCCGAUUUUUUUUGAGAUAUCUACGUUUCACUUUAAAAAUUAUUAGUUUUCAUAAUUGUCCUUGCAUCAUUAUUACACUUUUUUUAUGGGAUUCUUUAGAAUUUAAUAAGUUCCAAAUUUUUACUCAUUAUUUUUUCAAAAUGGACAAAAUAAAAUAGUAGACCAUAAAAGAGACUUUCAUAAAACAGAGACAGAGGGAGUAGUUAGUAGUUUUUUAUGAAUUGCUAUCAAUCUAUCAUAUGCCAGGUGUGGUUCAUUGCGAAUCUUAAAAUUUAAAACCAAUUCCCAAUUUUUAUUUGUAAUCGACAAUCGACAGUCUUUACAGGGCCACCAUAUCAAACGCCUACCAAGUCUUGGCUCGGAUGAGAACCCCAGAAACACAUUUAAGGCCCCGUUCCAUUUUUUUUUAAAUCUUAUUUAAAAAAGAAGAAGGUAAUUUCAAACUAAAAUAUAAUGAAAAUAAAAAAAUAAUUUUUUUUUAUUUUUUUCACCGUUUAAAAGAUCUCAAUGAGAUUUAUCAAAUAAGAUCCAUAUUGGUAGAAAAAUUAUUUACAUAAACACAUAAUUUUUAAGUUUGAAAUUACCUUAUUUUUUUAAAAGUUUCUUUUUUUCAAAACUGAACCGGGCCCUUACACAAAUUACACUAGUUAUUCUUAAUUCCAAUUCUAAUUCGAAUGUUAUACUGACAUGGUUCUGUUCCAGAGAGAAGUCUGGAAUCAUGGAGGAAGUCUGGAGAUGAUUCCAGACCUGUCUUUUCUGAGUUUUCACUCCUUUUUUUCCCCCCCUUAGAUGUUUGUUCAUACCAAAGAAUUCUAGAGAAAAACAAGUUUGCAGAUAUUUGAACUCCAUGUCGCUGCACUAAAAUAUACUCCUACAUUCCUCUAUAAUAAUAAUAAUAAUAAUAAUAAUAUUAAUAAUAAUAUUACGUUAAACUAAGCUAACCCUAGGGUGGAUGACCUUUAUCGGAAUCCGGGUUUUGUAGACUUUAUAUACACCGUCUAGACAAGAAGCAAACUAACCUGAUUUCUCAAAUUCAAAAUACAAAAGCAGACCAAAUCUUCCAAUCAUCAAUUAAGUAAAAACCGGAAAAUGCAUCAUCCAUUCCAUUCCAUUCCAUUCCAUGUAUCAAAAAGUAAAUUAACCUCUAUCAUCGAGUUUGUAGUUUUCACCGAAGGUAGUAGGGGUAACAACACUUCAUUAUUUUUAUCCCCCAAAAAAACAUUAACAACACUUCAUUAUUUUUAUCCCCCAAAAAAACAUUAACACCACUUCACUUCGUUAUUAAGUACUCCAUGAAAUGAAAAUGUAAGAGCAAAUGAGAAAUUAGAAUCAAAACCCAUCACACAUUCACCAAAAUCCCAACCCUAAAUCCCCACCACCACUGCUACAACCCUAAUAAAUUCUCCGUCUCCCUCCCUCAUAAACUAUAAUAAAUAAAAAAUAAAAAAAAGAAGAAGAAGAAAUAAAUCGGAAAAAAAAAAAAAAUUACUCCAGAGGCCAACACAAACAAACCCUAAUUGUUGUAAUCAGGCAUACGAGCAUAAGCCUGGAGAUUCUCACCAGUCAACCUGCAAAUCCUCCACUCUUGCAAUACCUGAGCACCCAUCUCCUCGUAAAACCGAAUCGCAUUCACAUUCCAAUCGAGUACCACCCAUUCCACCCUCCCGUACCCUAUCUUCGCCGCCAGCGCCGCCACGGCCGACAGCAGCAUCUUCCCCAACCCUCUCCUCCUGUAACACUCCCUCACGAACAAGUCCUCGAUGUAGAAACCGGGUUUCGCCAGGAAAGUCGAGUAGUUCGGGAAGAAUAGAACGAACCCGGCCACGACGGCGCCGUUGUUUUCGGCCGAUUUGAAAAGGUCUGGUUCCGGGUCGGCGAUGGGGACGUCGAAGGUGAAGGAUUUGGUGAUGGGUGUGAAGGAAGUUGAGUAGUGGGUUUGGGGGAAGGGAGUGGGGGAGGUUUCGAGGAGGAGGACGGUGAACGAGUGGAAGGGAGGAGAGGGGUUAUUAUCGAAGAGGGUGGAGGAGAGAGAGGAUUCGGUGGCGGAGAAGAGGUGGGUGAGGCGCUCGAAGACGGCCAUUUGGUGGAUGAGCUUGUGGAUGUGGGGGACGUCGGAUCUGGUGGCGAGGCGGAUUCGGGCGAAAAGCGGGUGGCCAAUUGGGUUGUUUUGUGGGGGUAGUGUGGGGGCUGGGGACGGUGGAGGCGGUGGCGCUGCGGCUGCCAUUUUUGCAGAGAGAGAGAGAGAGAGAGAGAGAGAGAGAGAGAGAGAGGAUGAGUAUGCGUUGCAGAGAGAGAGUGAGUAU